CAGAAAACGCUUCUCCCCUUCCGGCGGCUGCGGCGGCCGGGGCCUGCCGGAAGAGUCAGGGCAGAAUGGCGGUCACGGAGCCCGGCGCUAGCUGGGUCCGCGCCGCCGCCACUCUGCUCCUGGGGUGCUGCGGGGCAGCGCUCACCAGCAGUGUCCAGGAUCAAGCAGAACAGUUCUUUAGAAGUGGACAUACAAAUAACUGGGCAGUUUUGGUCUGUACAUCUCGAUUCUGGUUCAAUUAUCGUCAUGUGGCAAAUACUCUCUCAGUAUACAGAAGUGUCAAGAGACUGGGCAUUCCCGAUAGUCACAUUGUCCUGAUGCUGGCAGAUGACAUGGCAUGUAAUCCCAGAAAUCCCAAACCAGCUACUGUGUUUAGUCAUAAAAACAUGGAACUAAAUGUCUAUGGUGAUGAUGUGGAAGUGGAUUACAGAAGCUAUGAGGUUACUGUUGAAAAUUUUUUGCGUGUAUUAACAGGAAGAAUCCCACCAAGCACACCGCGAUCUAAACGUCUUCUUUCUGAUGAUAGAAGCAAUAUUCUAAUAUAUAUGACAGGCCAUGGUGGAAAUGGUUUCCUAAAAUUCCAGGAUUCUGAAGAAAUCACAAAUGUGGAACUGGCUGAUGCCUUUGAACAAAUGUGGCAGAAAAGAAGGUACAAUGAAUUGUUGUUUAUUAUUGAUACUUGCCAAGGAGCAUCCAUGUAUGAACGAUUCUAUUCACCUAAUAUAAUGGCCUUGGCUAGCAGCCAAGUAGGGGAAGAUUCUUUAUCACAUCAACCUGAUCUUGCGAUUGGCGUUCAUCUCAUGGACAGAUACACAUUCUAUGUGCUAGAGUUCUUGGAAGAAAUUCAUCCAGCCAGUCAGACAAAUAUGAAUGACCUAUUUCAGGUCUGUCCAAAAAGCUUGUGCGUUUCCACACCUGGGCACCGAACUGAUCUCUUUCGGCGAGACCCUCAAAAUGUUCUGAUAACAGACUUCUUUGGCAGUGUGAGAAAGGUGGAAAUUACAAGAGAGACUAUUUCUUUGGACCGCAACAUAACCGGAUUUGAAAGCAAGCUUCCAAAGGAUGAGUUGACAACAGAACCAUUAAAAUAUGCUGAACAGCUUCCUGUAGCUCAGAUAAUACACCAGAAACCAAAACAAAAGGAUUGGCAUCCUCCUGGAGGAUUUAUUUUAGGACUCUGGGCCCUGAUCAUCAUAGUUUUCUUCAAAACGUAUGGAAUCAAGCACAUGAAACACGUCUUCUGAAUUCAAGCAAACAAGAUGAUUGCAUUGACUGCUAUGUUGGAUUCAUUGGUGUCACCUGAGUUCCAUGUACAUGUGUUAUGGCUGGAGUGAAAAACAGUGUUGAGAUAUUUCUUCUAAAAGUUGUUUUGGAGUCAUGUGUUCCGCGCUUUCUUCUGCAAAGAGUCUGCCAAAUGAUUUUAAUGUUACUGGUCAGAGACACCAUUUUAUGUUGUCUUGUUUAAAACUUAUUUUAAUGCUUUUCUGAGCAAUUUUUCUUUCUGAAUAAACUUAAAGAGGACAGACCUAAACCAACUAACAGAAUUUCUGAGGCUGUGAAUUGUAAAUGGGCAAAUUUUCUCCCCUGUAUAACAAAGUAAAUCUUAGAAGUAGUCAACCUACCAUUAAAGAACUAGGCAUUGCACAGAAUAUUAUUUAAGGUGUCAUUUUAUCAGUGUCAAGCCAUUUUGCAGGCUCCGGCAUGAUGUAUUGAGAGCUUUCUUCACAAAAAUAAACAUACCCUAGAAUAUAUGGAUUUUAUUUUUUUUUUCUUUCUUCUUCCCUGUUAAAUACAACCUUUAGAUCAGUCCUCUCACCUCAGGCAGUUUUGAGUCUAGGAUUCUAUGACUUGGUGAAAGUGAAACAAAAAUAUAUGAUGAGCUCACUGAAUUAACUUCAAAACAUGCUCCAAAAAAGUGAAACUGACUUCACCGUGUCCAUGAGGAACCCUUCCUAGGUGUGGGAUUUUUCACUGCAUACAAUAUGGACUUGGAUAAUUUCGGGAUCUUCAGUGCAUUGGUUUUGUUGCAGAGAACAAGAAAAUCUACUCUGGCAUCAGAAUGAAAAAUGUUAUAAAUUGUUCUGUUUUUCUGAGCUCUUGGAAAACGAGCUUCAUCGCCUAGGUUUUGUAAAUCCUGUUUUGGCAUACUGAUUUGUUCUUGGGUUUUUACUGAUGAAUGUAUGCUAAAAGGGUUUUGUCUGUAUAAUGCACUGAUACUAGCAAAGAGAAGGGCAAAUUGUGCAUGUAUAGAAACAAGUCUGCCAGCAAGGAUCGCUUUUGCAGUAUGCUUUUGGAACCUGUUCUCUAGUUAAUCAUAAUAAAGCUUACAUGAUACAUA